UCUCUCUCUCUCUCUUUUAAAGCUACACCAGCUCUCUCUUUCUCUACUAUCUCUGUAUCAUCAAACCCUUGCUGGCUCUUAUGGGCAUGAAACACUCCUCCCGCUGCCUGCUCCUAAGGAGGAAAAUGGCGGAGAACGCUGCCGAGAACACCGAGGUGAGCAGUGCCCCCCCGCAGCCCCCUCAGCCCGUCGCCCCACCCAAGCCUGUGCAAUGUGUCCAUCAUGUCUCCACGCAACCCAGCUGCCCAGGACGGGGCAAGAUGUCCAAGCUGCUGAACCCAGAGGAGAUGACCUCGAGAGAUUAUUACUUCGACUCCUACGCUCACUUUGGGAUCCACGAGGAAAUGCUGAAGGAUGAGGUGCGGACACUCACCUACCGGAACUCCAUGUAUCACAACAAGCAUGUGUUCAAGGACAAAGUGGUGCUGGACGUUGGGAGUGGUACCGGGAUCCUUUCCAUGUUUGCUGCCAAAGCAGGGGCCAAGAAGGUGUUUGGGAUUGAAUGUUCCAGUAUUUCUGACUACUCAGAGAAGAUCAUUAAGGCCAACCACUUGGACAACAUCAUCACCAUAUUUAAGGGUAAAGUGGAAGAGGUGGAGCUGCCUGUGGAGAAGGUAGACAUCAUCAUCAGCGAGUGGAUGGGCUACUGUCUGUUCUAUGAGUCAAUGCUCAACACGGUGAUCUUUGCCAGGGACAAGUGGCUGAAACCUGGAGGGCUUAUGUUUCCAGACCGGGCAGCAUUGUACGUGGUAGCAAUUGAAGACAGACAGUACAAGGACUUCAAAAUCCACUGGUGGGAGAAUGUCUAUGGCUUUGAUAUGACCUGUAUCCGGGAUGUCGCCAUGAAGGAGCCCCUGGUGGACAUCGUGGAUCCAAAGCAAGUGGUGACCAAUGCCUGUUUAAUAAAGGAAGUGGACAUUUACACGGUGAAGACGGAAGAGCUGUCAUUCACAUCUGCCUUCUGCCUGCAGAUACAGCGAAAUGACUACAUCCACGCCCUGGUCACCUAUUUUAAUAUUGAAUUUACCAAGUGCCACAAGAAAAUGGGGUUUUCCACAGCCCCCGAUGCCCCCUACACCCACUGGAAGCAGACUGUCUUCUACUUGGAAGAUUACCUCACUGUCCGGAGGGGGGAAGAAAUCUAUGGGACCAUAUCCAUGAAGCCAAAUGCCAAAAAUGUGCGAGACCUCGAUUUCACGGUAGAUUUGGAUUUUAAGGGACAGCUGUGUGAAACAUCUGUAUCUAAUGACUACAAAAUGCGUUAG